AUGGACCAGGAGAAUCUGACAAUGGUGACUGAGUUUUAUUUCUCUGAUUUCCCUCAGUAUGAAAUUGGCGGCCUCUUAUUCUUCAUCCCACUGCUCUUUAUUUAUGUAUUCAUUAUUGUUGGAAAUUUCAUGAUCUUCUUUGCUGUCCAUCUAGAUACACACCUUCACAAUCCCAUGUACACUUUCAUCAGCGUCUUCUCUUUCUUGGAGAUUUGGUACACCACAGUGACCAUCCCCAAGAUGCUCUCUAAUCUGGUCAAUGAACAGAAGACUAUUUCCUUCAUUGGCUGCCUCCUGCAGAUGUAUUUUUUCCACUCACUUGGGGUCAGCGAAGCCCUAGUGCUGACAGCGAUGGCCAUUGACAGGUAUGUUGCCAUCUGCAACCCUCUCCGCUAUGCCAUCAUUAUGACCCCUCGGCUGUGCAUCCAGUUCUCCACUGGCUCUUGCAUCUUUGGCUUCCUCAUGUUACUGCCAGAGAUUGUAUGGAUUUCUACCCUCCCAUUCUGUGGCCCCAACCAAAUCCAUCAACUCUUCUGUGACUUUGAACCUGUGCUGCGCUUGGCCUGUAUAGACACAUCCAUAAUUCUGGUUGAAGAUGUGAUCCAUGCUAUUUCCAUUCUGACCUCAGUCUCCAUCAUCACCCUUUCCUAUAUAAGAAUCAUCACUGUGAUCCUAAAGAUUCCCUCAGGUGAGAGCCGUCAGAAGGCAUUCUCCACGUGUGCGGCACACAUCACUAUUUUCCUGCUGUUUUUUGGCAGUGUGUCCCUCAUGUACCUGUGCUUCUCUGUCACUUUCCCACCACUUUUGGACAAGGCUAUUGCUCUGAUGUUUGCUGUCCUUGCCCCACUUUUCAACCCUAUCAUCUACAGUCUGAGGAACAGAGACAUGAAAAAUGCCAUCAAGAAAAUCCUUUGUUCUCAAAAGAUAUUCAGUAUAUCUGGGAGCUAA